CGCUGUCGCACAGGCACGCUGGUUACUGAGGCGGGGAGACUUUUAAGGGCCGUUCCCUCCAAAUUGUACCCAAGUUCUGGUCGUAAAUAUCGGAAUGCUCUGACAGGGACGCAGCACGCACAACAUCUACAUGCGAAACAUAAAAUAGUCCCAGUAAUACAUACAUAUAUAUGUACGUAUUUAGCCUUACUCGAUCAUAAUCUGUCCAGGGGAUUAAUAGACAUACCGUAUACUUCGUGUGUAAGAAUUAUGGCGAGCGAAAGAUUAAAGCAGGUGCGAACGAGAUUUGUGGAAAAAGUCACAGGACCCACCUUAAUCCUGUUGCUGGACGAUCUUCUGACGGACGGGGUCAUCAACGAAGGGGAGAUGGAGCAGGUAAAGGAGGAGUACAGAGCGAGAGCGGAGAAGGCGCGGGCGGUCAUCGAUAUGGCGCGGAAGAAGGGCAAUGCGGCCAGUGAGAAGCUGAUCAUGCGACUCCAGGAGCGAGACCCCUCACUCUUCCAAGACCUCGGCCUGGGCCCGUAAACGGGGGGCCAGUUCCACAUCUCCUCUGAAUCGUCCACGAGGCUGCACAUCCACAAAGCCAGACAAUCAGCUGACACAGUCCGCCGAUUCAUCCCCGCCUCACUCUUUCCUAGCAUUAUAGAGAAUUCAUAUAUUCAUGUCACAGUAUGUAUCCCUCAAAAUGAAGUAUUUCAGGUGCGCUUAGUUGAAAGUUUGUGAAAUCAACGAAAUGCUAAUCAGACUUUUUUUUUUUUUUAAAAAAAGCUUAAGUUCUCUGUACUCACCUGUUGUCGUUAAAUGUGUUCUUAGGUAAUACAGUGAGGUUUUAAGUGUCA